CUUUGUCAUGGAAUGGACUUCAAUCCCGCUUUCACAUUGAGAGCACCUAAGGAAAAAGAGAAACUCUUUCAACUUUUAUAGCAAACACUGAAAGAUGAAAGGAAUCACAUUUUCACCUUCAAACAACUACAGUUGCUACUCCAAAAUCCAAACCGAUCAAACACCCCGACCCAUCAAAAGCUUAACCCAAUUUCAAUUCCCAUUAUUCAACAACAAAAACCAAAACCAAUCAAGCAAAAACCAACCACUUCUCUCAUUUUCCGUAAACUCAAUCAAAAACACCCAGACCCCAAUAACCCAACCGCCACCCUUAGUCGUAGUUGGCUCAGCCAAUGCAGAUAUCUAUGUGGAAAUCGACAGAUUACCCAUAGAAGGAGAGACAAUAUCAGCCAAAAAUGGCCAAACUCUUGCAGGGGGCAAAGGAGCCAACCAGGCAACGUGUGGAGCCAAACUUUCUUACCCGACAUAUUUUGUAGGACAAGUAGGCGAUGAUGCACAUGGGAAAUUGAUAACUGAGGCAUUGGGAAAUGGUGGGGUCCAUUUGGAGUAUUUGAAGAGUUUGGGUGGUGGUGUGCCUACCGGUCAUGCUGUGGUGAUGUUGCAGUCUGAUGGGCAGAAUUCUAUUAUCAUUGUUGGUGGUGCUAAUAUGAGUUGUUGGCCUGACAAAUUGUCUGACCAGGAUUUGGAUAUGGUUAAGAAGGCUGGCAUUGUUUUGCUUCAGAGGGAAAUUCCUGAUUCUGUCAAUAUUCAAGUUGCUAUGGCCGCAAGGAGUGCAGGUGUUACCGUAAUUAUGGAUGCUGGUGGAAUGGAUGCACCAAUGCCCCAAGAAUUGUUGAAUUUUGUUGAUAUCUUGAGCCCAAAUGAAUCUGAACUUGGUCGAUUGACCGGAUUGUCUACUGAAAGUUUUGAGCAGAUUAGUCAAGCAGCUGCAAAAUGUCACAAAAUGGGUGUUAAGCAAGUUCUUGUGAAACUUGGGGCCAUGGGAUCUGCUUUAUUUGUAGAAGGUGAGGAGCCAAUCAGACAGCCUAUCAUUCCAGCUGCAAAAGUUCUAGAUACAACAGGAGCUGGUGAUACUUUUACUGCAUCUUUCGCAGUGGCUCUGGUAGAGGGGAAGUCCAAAGAGCAAUGCUUGAGAUUUGCUGCAGCAGCAGCCUCUCUUUGUGUUCAAGUGAAGGGAGCCAUUCCUAGUAUGCCUGACAGGAAAUCUGUUUUGAAGCUUCUUCAGUCUGUAUGAAUUUAUUCUUGUUUCCAUGAUGGUUGGGUGCUAUGUUCCUCUAUGCAUAUAAAUAAAGCAUCAGAUUUCAUUUUGGUUUACUGGAUAUCAGAGUUUUACAAAUUAGAUGUCAGAGAAAAGUAUGAAAUCUGUAAGAAAAAAGGCUGUGCCAGAGUCAAAAUAAGGAGAAAUGAUUAUGUUGCACACUAUGUUGUUGGUAGUUUCAUUUUCAAGCU